UGACGUAGCGCCGAGUCCUCCGGUCUCGGCGGCGGAAGAUGGCGGACAGCGGAACCAUCGCAGAGAAGAGAUGCGACUCCGGCUCGCUGUCCUCUGUGAGCAUGGACACCAUCUCGGCGCUGACGGAGCUGGAGGACCUGGAGAGGGUUUACCGGCAGCUGUGCUCAGAGGAGAAAGAAGUGGAUUCUGAGCUGGACAGACUGGUGGGACAGGAAGGGACCAUUCACACAAAGAUGCUGGCACUGCAGAGGAUGGGGCCCAACUUGCAGUUGAUUGCUGGCGAUGCCAGUCAGUUGUCGGGAAUGAUCACGUUUACCUGCAGCCUGGCUGAAAACGUCAGCCGCAAAGUCAGACAGCUCGACCUGGCGAAGACACGGCUGUAUAACGUCAUCCAGCGCGCCGACGACAUCCUCGAUCUGAAGUUCUGCACAGACGGCGUGCAGACUGCUCUACAUAACGAAGAUUACGAGCAGGCUGCCGCCCACAUCCACCGUUACCUCUCUCUGGACCAGUCGGUUAUCGAGCUCAGCCGCCAGGGGGAAGAGAGCAGUGCUGUGGAUGCCAGUCUGGUGAUGCUGCAGGAGGCAGAGAAGAAGCUGAAGGUGAUCGUUGCUGAGAAGCUGGACGAAGCUGUUGCUGCAGUUGACCUCUCACAAGUGGAAAGGUUUUUCAAGAUCUUCCCUCUGUUGGGACUCCACCAGCAGGGCCUCGCCCGUUUUGGCCAAUAUCUCUGCAGUCAGCUCGCCUCCAAAGCUGAGGAGAACCUGCUCUUGGCUGCAGGGGGAGAGCUGGGCGAGAAGAGAGCACCGCUGGUAUUUGCAGACACUCUGACACUGUUGCUUGAGGGUAUCGCUCGUGUAGUUGAGACUCAUCAGCCCAUAGUAGAGACGUAUUAUGGUCCAGGCCAUCUCUACACACUUAUCACUCACCUGCAGCAAGAAUGUGACCAACAGGCCCAGAAAAUAGUUGACAAGUUCAUCCAGCAGAGAGGAUACCACAACAAGUUUCAGGUGGUCCAGAGUAGCAUGAUGAAGAAUGCGCCAGGGGAGGGAAUCAAGCCCAAAGAAUUGGACCCCGUACUGACUGAAGUCACCCUGAUGAACGCAAGGGCCGAGCUCUACCUGCGCUUUUUACGCCGUCGCGUGCUGGCCGACUUUGAAGUCGGGGAUGCUCAGAGCGUCACACAGGAGCACCAGCAGAACGUGGAGAAGCUCCUAAAACACUGUUUGCUGAGCAGGACGAUGCAAGAGCUGAUUGGAUACUAUGUUCCAAUGGAAGAGUACUACAUGAGAGAGUCCGUCAACAAGGCUGUUACUAUGGAUACAUAUGAAAAGGGUCAGCUGAACUCCAGUAUGGUGGAUGACUGUUUCUACAUCGUGAAGAAGUGCAUCAGCAGAGCGUUAUCUAGCUCCAGCAUCGAUUGCCUCUGUGCCAUGAUCAACCACGCCAACUCUGUGCUGGAGUCUGACUUCAGGGAGGUGCUGAAUAAUAAGCUGCGGCAGGGGUUCCCGGCUACGACACUUCAGGACAUCCAGCGGGGCGUCAGCAGUGCGGUCAGUCUGAUGCAGAGCAGCUUGCAGCAGGGGAAGUUCAACACAAUGGGCAUCGAGAGCGCUGAAAACGCCAAGGCGGCAUUUCUGGUGACUCUGAAUAACGUUGAGGUGUGUAGUGAGAACAUCACAACUUUAAAGAGGAACCUUGAGAAUGACUGCUCCAAGUUGUUCAAUCAGGGCCCCGGCUCUGGGGAACAAGCUAAGAUUGAAAGCUGCUUGUCCGACCUCGUCAACACAUCCGCCAAGUUCAAGGAUCUCCUACAGGAGGGCCUGACUGAGUUAAACACAACAGCUAUAAAGUCUCAGAUCAAACCCUGGAUCAGCAGUUUCCUCUCCAUCACACACAACAUAGAAGAGGAGGAGUUUAAUGAUUACGAAGCCAAUGAUCCCUGGGUGCAGCAGCUCAUCAUCAACCUGGAGCAGCUCAUGACGGAGUUCAAGACGGCCUUGUCUCCUAUCAUCUACGACACUCUGACCAGCCUGAUGACCAGCCUGAUAUCUAUUGAAAUGGAGAAGACCGUUCUCAAAUGCUCAUUCAGCAGGCUCGGAGGGCUGCAGUUUGAUAAAGAGCUUCGGUCUCUUGUGGCGUAUCUCACCACCGUGACCACCUGGACCAUCAGGGACAAGUUCGCUCGCCUCACACAAAUGGCCACCAUCCUCAACCUGGAGAGGGUAACCGAGAUCUUGGAUUACUGGGGCCCAAACUCGGGCCCUCUGACGUGGCGGCUGACCCCGGCGGAGGUGCGUCAAGUUCUGGCACUUCGCAUUGACUUCAGAAGUGAAGAUAUCAAGAGGCUGCGACUGUAACUGAUGAACAAAUGAUUGACCUGCGAUACCGACCCUGUGAAGCUUUGCACUAAAGAGUUCUGCACAA